GUCGUAUGCUACUUCCAGUGCAAACAACUUAAACAAAGAUUGAAGUGAGAGGGAGCCUCAAUUACGUUUACGUACGGAGCACCUCGCGGCCGGGCCCGACUACGGAGCCGAAUGUAACCCUGAGCCUGCCUUGAUUAUCCUUUGUGAUUCUGGUGUUGUUGUCCUGAUGCAGUCGAUCCCCGUUCUGUACGUCCGCUGAUGAUGUGGUUAGUUAAGCCCUCCGUUAUUUCUUUCCACGCCUGUGACCUCCAGCAUCAAGCUUUGCGUUUUGCCUGUUUAGAAUAUAGCCGGGAUCGGUCGAGACAUUUCGCAAAAUUCCCUCUCAUCGCCGCGGCUUGAACCCACCGCGAAGCAGCUUCACCAGCCAUGAACCGUACCGAGCCUCUGCUUCCGGACAACCCAACCCCAACCAUCAAAGCUCCCCUCACCGCUGAAGAGACCGCUCGCAUCCUCUCCGCCUGGCAACUCACCCCUGCCCAGCACAGCUCGAUCUUACAGACCCAAAUUCUCCCGGCCGAGCUGCACCCCUUCCUUCCCUCUACCACCAACAACACCAACCAGCUCCCAACUAUCACCGCCAGCACCACCCGCCCCAAAGCAGUCCUAAUCUUAGGCCAAACAGGCGCAGGCAAAACUCGCCUUGCCCCCCUCCUCCUCUCGGCACUCACCAGCCUAUCCCCAACCAGAACCCCACUCCACCUCAUAGCAGACACCUUCAAGACCUACCAUCCCUUCUACACUACCUGCCUGUCCCAGCACCCGAAUCUCGCCUCUCGCCUCACAAGACGCGACGCCGCCGCGUGGCUGCUCGCCGUGUGCACCCACGCCGCACAAGCGCACCAUCCCGCCGUGCUGGUUGAAACAGCCUGUCGACGACCAUCCGACUUUCAGCGCAUCGUCAAAGCGUUUGCGACCGAGGGGUAUGAUGUACGGGUUGUCGUGCUGGCCGUGCCCCCCGCGCUGAGUAGGCUUGGGAUUCUAGUGCGGUACUGGCGCCGGCUGCCCGAGGCCGGGUCGCAGCGGCACGGGUUGCCGGUGCGGCUGACGCCGCGGGUGGUGCAUGACGAGAGUUGGGAGGGGUUGAGGGUUGCUGUGGGGUGGGUUGAUAGGCUUCUUCUUCUUCUUUUUCGGGCUACGCAUUCUCCUGCUUCUAGCACCACCAUUGGCACAACUGGCACUGCUGGUGCUGGCGGUGGUCGUAAGGAAGGGGACAAAGAAGAAGAAGAAGAAGAACUAGAAGAAGAAGAGGAAGAAGAAGGCCGCGUGGAGAGGGUUGUUGUGGUGCGGAGAAACGGCGGGGUUGUGUAUGAUAGUGAAACGAGUAGGAGGAGCAAGGGGCAAGAGGAGGCAGGUGAGGCGGGAGAGGUGUCGUGGGCGUUGGAGCAGGAGUGGGUGAAGGGGUUGUCUGUUGAGGAGAGGAGGACGGCCGAGGAGGAUUUGCAGAUGCUGAGAGGGUUGGGGGACCCAGAUGUGGAUAGGGAGAUCGACGAGGUCGAGGGGCUUCUGGCUGAGCUGGGGUCGCAUGAGCCGGUUGGAAAUGUGGUGCCAUUCGAUGCCGUGAACUUCGUGUCGACGUCGGUAGUUAGAUUACCACAUUGCCUUGACAUCUUGGGUCAUCAUGUAGGACACUAGCCUUGAUUUUGGGUUCCCAGCGGAAAUGUUGGAGGGCCGGAGGAUGAGAGAUGGAAAAAACAAUGAGAUUACAGUAGGCGGACGACUACACCUCCCUCACACAUGACAUCCGCCGUUCUACACUCCGAUAACCGAAACCUUAAACAUCAGACGCACCAAUUCACCCGUCUAGAUUGAAAUGUUAUAUAUACCUGUAGAUUAGCUGCUUAUAGUAGUUGUAUUGUAC